UACUCGGCGCUCUGCUGAGCCGACUCCGACGGCUCCGGAAAUCGAGUACCCAGUCCGGUCCCACCGCGGGGCCGUCCUCCCCGACCUGGUUUCUGUGCCCCGGAAGCGUUUUCGCUGAGUCACUUGCUGGGGUUCUGGAGGACACUUGCCGGCGGCAGGACUUCAACCCCCGCGAAUAUGAUCUGAAGUUUCAGAGGGCUGUCCUCGACCUCUCCCUGCAGUGGAGGUUCGCCAACCUGCCUAAUAAUGCCAAGCUGGAGAUGGUGCCAGCGUCCCGGAGCCGUGAAGGGCCCGAGAAUGUGGUGCGUGUUGCUUUGCAGCUGGAUGAUGGCCCCCGGCUGCAGGGCACCUUCUGUUCAGGCCAGACCCUCUGGGAGCUGCUCAGCCAUUUUGCACAGACCAGGGAGUGGCUGCAGCGGUCGGACGAGGCGUUUUCGUUCCUUUCUCUGGGGGAGGACAGCGGCUGGGGGGCCCCCCAGAGCCCACGAGGUCUCUCAUGUCACCUUCAGCCAAGUCACUGAAGUCCUUGCCCAGCCCUGGAGGCCCCUCCAAGCCAAAGAAGUCAAAGCCUGGCCAGGACCCCUCACAGGAGCCAGAGUCGCCCAUAGACCGAGACCCUGUGGUGUACCACCCUGACCUGGAGGUGCCGCUCCAGGCCUGGCCAGCACAGCUGCCCGACGAGUUCUUCGAGGUGACUGUGGACGAUGUGAGGAGACGCCUGGCCCAACUCAAGAGUGAGCGGAAGCGCCUGGAAGAAGCCCCCCUGGUGACCAGGGCCUUCCGCGAGGCCCAGAUGAAGGAGAAGCUGGAGCGCUACCCGAAGGUGGUUCUACGGGUGCUGUUCCCCAACCGCUACAUCUUGCAGGGCUUCUUCCGCCCCAGUGAGACAGUGGGGGACUUGCGGGACUUCGUGAGGAGCCACCUGGAGAACCCCAAGCUGCCGUUCCAUCUGUUCGUCACACCUCCGAGAACAGUGCUGGACGACCCCACGCUGACACUCUUCCAGGCGCAGCUCUUCCCUGCCGCCCUUGUGCACCUCGGAGCCGAGGAGCCAGCCGGUCUCUCCUUGGAGCCCGGGCUGCUGCAGAGCGCCAUCUCCCCAUCCGCGGCCGAUGUGCUGGUGGCCAGGUGCAUGCCCAGAGCAGCUGGGUCCCCACCUCUGCUGCCAGUCCCUGACCCUGCGCCCUUGGAGUGUGAGCCUGUGGCCGAGGAGGGGGCACUGGGCGCCCCCGAGCCCACCAUGGGGACAGCCCAGCCUGUGAGGAGGAGCUUUGGCAAGGUGCCCAAGUGGCUGAAGCUGCCAGCUGGCAAGAGAAAAUGUCUGCAGACCCUGUCCCUGCUGUGCGGCGUGGAGUGCCCAGGCCCUGCCAUUGUGACUGGUUUCCAGUAAGGGCACAGGUGUCUUCUCCGGGUGGGCCCAGACAGCCCAGACUCCGGGGCUGGCAGCCUCACUUCUCCCCAGCUGGCAUCACCAGUGACCCUGCUGGAGACAGCGGUGAGAACGCUAAGCCAUGGAGCCAGGCGGACCAGCCCCGCACAGGCCCCCAGCCCACUGCCCGGUCUAAUGAUUUCCACACGCUCUCAGCGCUUUGAAGCCCAGCCCAGCAUAAGGGGAGGCGCUCAGAGCAGCUCUGCCUGCAGACCAGGCACCGUGGGUCGAGGGGCUGGGCCUUCGUCCCUUUCCCCAUCUGGCUUCUCCUGGGGAGCCUCUUGCACCCACACAUGCUCUGCCACGUGUGCUCAGAGCCCUUGUAACCCUUGUCCUGGGCGCCAAUGCACUAAGCACAAGAGCCACUGGGUGGUGGGCAGGGUGGGGACGUGGCCCAGUCGGGCCCUGUGCAUGGAGUACCCGACCUCCUGGGCAGGGCUUCCAGACAGUCCCUCUCAGCCCGGGGCGGCAUGGCUGGAGAGAGGCCUACACCUCCCCUGGCAUGGCCUGAGGCUAGUGGCUAGACAGGAGAGGCCCUUUCUCCUUCAGCACAGCGUCAGGCGGGCCAGGCCCCUCACCCUGCGUGCCCAGUGACCAGCCUGCAGGCCCGCUCCAGGGUGCACCUGUGGCCACCAGUCUGGCAGGAGGAAGGUGCUUUCUGCCUUUUUCCACUAGAGGCAUAUCUCACCAGAGACCAAUGGAGAGGGGGAGAGAGAGACACCUCGGGGAGUGGCCACGCUCAGUCCCUCCUCAGGAUUUGGAGCACACACUUACAUGCCCAGUGUGUGUUUCAAACCGCUGGGUCCAGGACUCAAACCAGUCAGCCA